AUGGGAAAGGAUGACUCCUUCGCCCCACUCCUCCAACCAGUCUACAAAGGCAAACACCUAACCGACGAAAUCAAAACCGCAACAGACAAAUGGAACCUCCUCCCCGCCUUCCUAAAAGUUAAGGGUCUCGUAAAACAACACAUUGAUUCCUUCAAUUACUUCGUCGACGUCGACAUCAAAAAGAUCGUCAAAGCGAACGAAUAUGUCCGGUCAGAAGUCGAUCCAAAGUUUUACUUGCGGUAUAUGGAUAUCAGGGUCGGACGGCCGACGAGGUUGAGUUCGGAGGCGAUGAAUGAUCAUUUGUUUCCGCAUGAGUGUCGGUUGAGAGAUAUCCACUACGCUGCCGACAUCGCCGUCGAUAUUGAAUACCUCCGGGGUUCACAAGUCAUUCGCCGGAAGAACGUACCAAUUGGACGUAUGCCAAUCAUGCUCCGCUCAAACAAGUGUCACCUCUGGAACAAAUCCGAACGCGAAAUGGCGUCCAUGAUGGAAUGUCCCCUCGACCCCGGUGGUUACUUCAUCGUCAAAGGAACCGAGAAGGUGAUCCUCGUUCAAGAACAACUAUCCAAGAACCGUAUCAUUGUUGAAGCUGAACCAAAGAAAGGAUUGGUACAAGCAUCCGUUACAUCGUCUUCCCACGAACGAAAAUCCAAAACCUACGUGCUAACAAAAAACUCCCUCAUCUACCUCAAACACAACUUCUUCACCGAAGAUAUCCCAAUCGCAAUCGCCCUAAAAGCAAUGGGUCUCCAAUCCGAUAUCGAGAUCUACAACCUCGUCGCCGGGCCGGACUCAGCCUACCAAGACCUCUUCGCCCCCAAUAUCGAAGAAGCCUCGAAGCUUGGAAUCAGAACAAGGGAACAGGCGUUGGAGUAUAUCGGUCUACGCACAAAAUCCAAGAGACCACCGCCCGGAUCCACACCCCGCCCCAAAAGCGAAGAAGCACUCCAAGCCCUCGCCGAACUCGUUGUCGCCCACAUCGAAGUUCAAAACCUCGAUUUCCGCCCGAAAGCAAUCUACAUCGCCACUAUGACCCGUCGAGUCCUUAUGGCACUGUCGAACCCCGAUCUUGUGGAUGAUAGAGAUUACGUUGGAAACAAGAGGUUGGAGUUGGCGGGACAAUUGUUGGCGUUGUUGUUUGAGGACUUGUUCAAGAAGUUUAACUCGGAUUUGAAGACCGUGUUUGACAAAACAUUGUCGAAGAAGAACCGGACGCAGGAGUUUGAUGCGUUGCAGUCGCUGAAGAUGACCGGUGUGAAUAUGAUCUCGGAGGGUAUGGCACGUGCCAUCUCAACGGGUAACUGGUCAUUGAAGCGUUUCAAGAUGGAGAGGGCAGGUGUCACACACGUCCUUUCUCGUCUUUCGUUCAUCUCGGCAUUGGGAAUGAUGACCCGUAUCUCCUCCCAAUUCGAAAAAACUCGAAAAGUCUCCGGACCUCGUGCGCUGCAACCAUCACAGUUCGGACUUCUCUGUCCCUCUGAUACACCUGAAGGUGAAGCAUGUGGUCUCGUCAAGAACUUGGCGCUUAUGACACAUAUCACGACUGAUGAUGACGAAGGACCCAUCAAGAGGUUGGCGUUCACACUCGGUGCGGAGGACAUUAACAUUCUUUCUGGAAACGAGAUUUAUGCCGAGGGUGCGUACUUGAUCUACUUGAACGGUGAGAUCCUUGGCGUUACGCGUUUCCCGGCAAAGUUCGUGCAUGACCUUCGGGCAUUGAGGAGGAAGAGACUCGUUUCGGAGUUUGUGAGUGUGUAUAUCAACCACCACCACAACUCCGUCUACAUCGCCUCCGACGGUGGCCGAAUUUGUCGACCACUUAUCAUCGUGGAGAAGGGCCGUUCAAAGGUUCUGCCGUCACAUUUGAGAAAGUUGAAGGCGGGUACGAUGACGUUUGAGACCUUCUUGGAGUUGGGGUUGGUUGAGUAUCUCGACUGUAACGAAGAAAACGACUCAUUCAUCUCGCUGGAUAUGGACUUGAAAUCUAACCACACGCAUCUCGAAAUCGAGCCGUUCACGGUGUUGGGAGCUGUUGCGGGGUUGAUUCCCUACCCCCACCAUAACCAGUCACCACGAAACACGUAUCAAUGUGCCAUGGGUAAACAAGCUAUCGGAGCGAUUGCGAGUAACCAGUUGUUGCGUAUUGAUACGUUGUUGUACCUGAUGGUCUACCCACAACAACCAAUGGUUAAGACCAAGACGAUUGAGUUGAUCGGGUACGACAAACUCCCAGCUGGACAAAACGCUACCGUUGCAGUCAUGUCCUUCUCUGGCUACGAUAUCGAGGAUGCGCUUAUCUUGAACAAUGCUUCUUGUGACCGUGGGUUUGGAAGGUGUCAGGUUUUCAAGAAAUACGCGACGCAGUUGAAGAAGUACCCCAACGGAACUUUCGACCGUGUUGGUGAUCCGCCGAAGGAUGAGAGUGGAAAGGUAUUGUGGAAGGCACAGGUUUUGGAAAGCGAUGGUCUCGCUGCGGCCGGAGAGAGGAUUUACGCUGGUCAGACGUAUAUCAACAAGCAUAUCCCGACGAAUGCUGGCGACAACACCCUGACUGGGGGUGCGACGCAGGAAGUUGGGUACAAGGCGGCACCGAUGAACUUCAAGGCACCAGAACAUGGGUAUAUCGACAAAGUCAUGCUUUCGACGACGGAGAAGGAUGAGACGUUGGUAAAGUGUUUGAUCCGACAGACCAGACGACCGGAGUUGGGUGAUAAGUUCUCGUCACGACACGGACAGAAGGGUGUCUGUGGCCUCUUGGUCGCACAAGAGGAUAUGCCGUUCAACGACCAAGGUAUUACUCCGGAUAUCAUCAUGAACCCUCACGGUUUCCCGUCUCGAAUGACGGUCGGAAAGAUGAUCGAGUUGCUUUCCGGGAAAGCUGGUGUCGUGAACGGAAGUUUGGAGUAUGGUACCGCGUUCGGUGGAUCGAAGGUCGAGGAUAUGUCACGUAUCCUCAUCCAGAACGGCUUCUCGUAUUCAGGAAAGGACAUGUUGACGUCGGGUAUCACUGGAGAAUGUCUCCAGGCAUACAUCUACUUCGGACCCAUCUACUACCAGAAGUUGAAGCACAUGGUCCAGGAUAAGAUGCACGCCCGUGCGCGUGGUCCUCGUGCCGUUCUUACUCGUCAGCCCACUGAAGGUCGUUCCCGUGAUGGUGGUCUUCGUCUUGGUGAGAUGGAGCGUGAUUGUUUGAUCGCGUAUGGUGCUUCGCAGUUGUUGUUGGAGCGUCUCAUGUUGUCUUCGGAUGUGUUCAAGGUUGAUGUUUGUGAGGGAUGUGGGUUGAUGGGGUACAACAAGUGGUGUGGUGGAUGCCAGACUAGCAAAAAUGUUACGGAAAUUCAGAUUCCGUACGCGGCGAAGUUGUUGUUCCAGGAGUUGUUGAGUAUGAACAUCACGGUGAAGAUGCAGUUGGAGGAUGCCUACAAUUAG